GGGAAAUACCUGGGAAUUCCCUUGACCAUUUUGUUGACCUUGCGAGCUCACUUGUUGACAACAUUCAUGUUCUUUUAGCCAUCAGGGUUGAUUUCAAGAGCUUAUUCGAGGGAACGUUUAAAGACACUUCCCUCCAUUAUCAAGCAUCGAUUAAUCAUAGUCCAGCAACAGUAUGGCGGCCCAGAAUCACACGCUGGAUGCUGCCAUAGAUCUCGCUGGCGGAACAGCAGGUGCCUUUGCCAGUGUUUACGUUGGUCAAUCUUUAGACACAGUAAAAGUCAAGAUGCAAACAUUCCCAAAACUCUACAAAAAUGGCUUGGACUGCUUCCUUAAAACCUACCGGCAAGAAGGUAUAUAUCGCGGACUAUACGCAGGCACCAUUCCUGCCUUAACUGCAAAUAUUGCAGAAAACUCAACACUAUUCAUGUUUUACGGACUUUGUCAGAAAGGUAUUAUGUCGCUAUCAGGUAAAAAAUCAACUCAGGAUUUAGGCUCGUUUGAGAAUGCGCUAAGUGGAAGCGGGGCCGCAAUAUUCUGUUCAUUCACGCUAUGUCCGACAGAGUUGGUGAAGUGUCGACUGCAGGCGAUGAGAGAAAUGAGUCUUCAAGAAGGAAAGGCAAAGAUAGAAAUUGGACCAUUUGGUUUAACACGACAGAUCUUACGAGCUGAGGGGGUAAGAGGACUUUACCACGGCCUGACAAGCACGAUUGCCAGGGAAGUUCCCGGUUAUUUCUUCUUCUUUGGGGGUUAUGAAACGUGUCGCUACCUGUUAACACCAGUGGGGAAAACUAAAGAGGAUAUUGGGGCCUUGCGAACAAUCCUUAGCGGAGGUAUUGGAGGAAUCUGUUUUUGGCUGUCUAUAUUCCCGACCGACGUUGUUAAAUCUCGCCACCAGGUGGAGUCACAGCAUGGCCAUAAGCUUGAUUCGUUUUUUACAACUUUAAUGAAAGUGUACAGAGAAACUGGUUUCAAGUCACUGUACAAAGGACUAGGGCCAACAUUGAUAAGAACUUUUCCAGCUACUGGAGCAUUAUUUUUUGCAUAUGAACUCGCAAAGAAAUCCUUGCAUGAACUAGCCAAUGGGAAGAGUGAUUCGCAGCUAGAUUGAUAUAGAUGCCACUUAGGAUAAUUUUGGGGUUGCAGUACAUGUACUUUUUAAUUUUUAAUGUCUACCAUAGGUGCCUUACCAGUGGCUCCGAUGAUUUAUUGGUCAAAAAGGUUUAGUAUUACAUGUAUGUCAUUUAGUCAUAAGACUUCAUGGCCUGAUGGAACAGGAUUUUUGGUUGUGUGAGAUACACACCAAGAAAUUCUAACUAAAAGCAAUGUACUGAACAUGUGUAGUUGCCAAGGAGAUAAAAACAAAUAACACAGAGUGCCAAAUUCAAUGACCCACGUAUGAUUCGCACCAAAGACCUCUCAAUAUUUGACAGUGUACUAACUGAACUAGCUAGACUUAAAUGUACUGUAGCAGCAAAUGCGUCACCGGAAUCAGUACCUCUAUUGAAGUAUU